AUGGCUCAAUCUUCUCCCGCACCUCAGCCGAAGCCAUGGGAGACACUUUCUCCUCACCAGGAAGCCAUGAUCGAAGCAUGCAAGACUGGUCAGCUCCUUGAGCUAAAGAAUGUGUUCGACAAACACCAUGUCAAGGACGGAUCCGAGCCUAUUUCUUAUUGCCAAGCAAAACAAGAAGGCGCACCCGCGACAGAUCUGCUAUUUAAGGCAGCCAUUUCUCAUGGGCAACAGUCAAUCGUCCGAUGCCUGCACUCUACGUAUCCCACAUACGACUUUCAUAAUCCUUGCAUCGUCAGGGCGCUGGGGACAACGCGAAACCUUGACAUGCUCAAGCUAAUCCACUCCUACUGCCCUCGAAUUGUCAACUACUCAUUCGAUGACCAUAGGACGUCUAUGAUGAGCUUAGCCAUUGCACAGGGGCCGGAGAAUGGACCCUUCAUUCACUUUCUUCUAGAUCACGGAGCAAUAUCCAUGAACGAUGGCGGAUACCUCGUCCAUGGCGGAGCCGAAUUGUGCCCCGCCAUCGAAUACAAUCAACCGAUAGAUGUCAUCAAGAAGAUGAUCCCGAAGACUCGGUUUCUAAUAUCCCCGCUGCUUAUGGCAAUUAAUCAUAAGCGUGCGGACGCAGUUGAGGUACUCUUACCCGAAGACCAUGCCAGGAGGAGACAAGUUGGGAUGGAGGAUUAUUUACAGGAGCCGCUGAAGGCUGCGCAGAAAACAAAAGAUAAGGAUACCAUCGCUGUGGUAGAGCGCUUCAUACAUAAGGUGGAGCAGCAAGAUGCCAAAGAGGCCGCAAAGAAACUACGAGCCUCAAAGAAAUGGUGGCAGUUCGGCACGGAAGCGAAGCGCGAAGACAACACAGGAGGCCCGGAGUCCAGCGACUUUAGCCGGCCAGGCGGUAUAAGCUGGUGGAGCUCGCUGUCAACGGGUGGACAUGAAGUGAAGUCUGCAGAUGUCAGUCGGCAGGAGAAGAAGGAGAAGGAGCCCUACGACUCUUCCACGGACGAGGAAACCGAGCCGGAACUCGGAGAAAAGGCAUCGGCGCCGCCAAAGAAGCUGGGCUGA